AUGAUAUGUCCGUCUCACCUUUACGUCACUGAUGGAGUGGGAUCCAUGGUUCAAAACAAAAAACAAAACCUUUAUCGUUUAUGCUUCGGAGAAAAUGGCCGCUCUCCGCCCUUGUACAGCCUGAGGAACAAUACUCUGGUUUGUGUCCAUGGGCUCCUCAUGUACGAUCCCGCGUCGGAGCAAGACGCUACAAUGUUCACAGCUGUUACAGAUGAAGAAUGGAAUGCUCUGAUUGGUUUCUUUUAUGUUGACUUGGAGAUCAGCGUAACCUACGGAGCCAGUGAAUUCGAAAUAAUUGAAACUUCUCCAAGUAAGGAAGAGGAGUGUUGGGGAAGACUCGAGGAGGAGGAGGAACCUCCUCAAGUAAAUGGGGUUCCUAUGCAAAUCCCAGCCAACUGCCUGAGACUAAUGAUGUUUCAUCAACACUCGGAGAUGUUUCUCUUACCUCCGGCUCUCCUGAUUCAAUUAUCACCUCCUCUGUCCUCCCAUUUAUUAUAUAUUGUUCUUCAGUCGGCUCUGUUCUAA